CUAUUUAAUCUUUCUCAAUAUAAGGGGAGAGAAGAAGAAAAUGAAAUAAUUACAGAGCCUCCUCCUCCGCGUUACGAAACGAAAAUUAGAUUAGAUACCCAGCGAACAGAAAGAAAUCUAAAGCUCUCCCUCUGCUCUUCCUCAUGUUUUGAUAGGAGGCAAUGGCGUUGAAGCGGGGAUUUUCAAUUUCCGGCUUGAACAAGAACCGCCGUGGUGGAUCUAGAUUGCCGAUUGUAGUCGUGAUAUUCUUCUGCGUUUUGUCUCCGUUGAUUUUCUUUGUCGGUCGAGGGCUCUAUACAACAAGCUCUUCUACUGAUCAAAAUUUGAAUGCAGUUGGUUCUGGUAAGCAGCAUUUGAAUUGGAGAGAACGGCUGGCCUUGCAACAUGUGAAAUCGAUUUUCUCAAAAGAGGUCAUUGAUGUUAUCACAUCCAGCACAGCUGAUUUGGGACCUUUGAGUCUUGAUUCUUUUAGAAAAACCAAUUUGUCUGCCUCGUGGAAAGUUAUCGGCAUAGAUUCUUCGGUCGAGGAUAAUGCUGCUUCUGAGCCAAACCAAACAGCUACAGUGGUCAAGCAGGAAGCACCUAAGGGAAAAGAAGACAACAUUUCUGAUGAUGAUUCUCGAUCUAGUGACACACCUGCAAAACUAGCUCGUAGGCAAUUGAGGGAGAAACGACGUGAAAAGCGUGCUGCGGAGUUAUUGCGCCAAGAUGAUGAAGCGAUUGCAAGGCUUGAAAGUGCCGCCAUUGAACGCUCAAAAUUAGUUGAUGGUGCUGUUUUGGGCAAAUACAGUAUAUGGAGGAAAGAAAUGGAUAAUGAGAACUCUGAUUCAACAGUACGCUUAAUGCGUGAUCAGAUGAUAAUGGCAAGGGUGUAUUUGAGUAUUGCAAAGAUGAAACGCAAGCUUGACUUGCUACAGGAACUUCAGACUCGGAUCAAAGAGAGUCAGCGUGCCCUAGGAGAUUCUUUGGCUGAUUCUGAUCUACAUCCGAGUGCGCCUGAGAAGAUAAAAGCUAUGGGCCAAGUCCUGUCAAAAGCAAGAGAGCAAUUGUAUGACUGCAAGUUGGUCACUGGAAAGCUGAGAGCAAUGCUUCAAACUGCAGAUGAACAAGUUAGGAGCUUAAAAAAACAGAGCACAUUCCUUAGUCAGCUGGCCGCCAAAACAGUUCCAAAUGGAAUCCAUUGCUUGUCUAUGCGCCUAACAAUUGAUUACUAUCUCCUUCCUCUUGAGAAGAGAAAGUUUCCUAGAAGUGAGAAUUUGGAAAAUCCAAAUCUUUACCAUUACGCUCUCUUCUCUGACAAUGUCUUGGCUGCAUCAGUUGUUGUCAACUCAACCAUCAUGAAUGCCAAGGAUUCUUCCAAACAUGUCUUUCAUCUUGUUACUGAUAAACUUAACUUCGGAGCGAUGAAUAUGUGGUUUCUACUGAAUCCUCCUGGAAAAGCUACUAUCCAUGUUGAAAAUGUAGAUGAAUUCAAGUGGCUUAAUUCCUCCUACUGCCCAGUUCUGCGUCAGCUUGAAUCUGCUGCAAUGAAAGAGUAUUACUUCAAAGCAAAUCAUCCAACUUCUCUCUCAUCUGGCUCUUCAAAUCUGAAGUAUCGGAACCCUAAGUAUCUUUCAAUGCUUAACCAUUUGAGGUUCUAUCUCCCAGAGGUCUAUCCCAAGUUGGAUAAGAUCCUGUUUCUUGAUGAUGACAUUGUUGUGCAGAAGGAUUUAACUAAAUUGUGGUCAGUGGAUCUACAUGGAAAAGUGAAUGGUGCAGUGGAAACCUGUGGUGAAAGUUUUCACCGGUUUGACAAGUACCUUAACUUUUCAAAUCCUCAUAUUGCCAAAAACUUUGAUCCAAAUGCUUGUGGGUGGGCAUAUGGGAUGAAUAUUUUUGAUCUUAAGGUGUGGAAAAAGAAGGAUAUUACAGGAAUAUACCACAAGUGGCAAAACAUGAAUGAAGAUAGGGUACUAUGGAAGCUUGGGACGUUGCCUCCAGGGCUGAUUACAUUUUAUAAUUUGACAAAUCCUCUUGAGAAGAGAUGGCAUGUGCUCGGAUUGGGUUAUAAUCCAAGCAUUGAUAGGUCAGAAAUUGAAAGUGCAGCUGUUGUACACUAUAACGGUAACAUGAAGCCUUGGCUGGAGUUAGCAAUGACUAAAUAUCGACCAUAUUGGACCAAGUACAUCAAGUAUGAUCAUCCAUACCUUCGAAACUGCAACCUAAGCGAGUGAGCUUAUAAAAUGCCAUGAAGGUACAGUCAGGUUCUCUCCCCCCCCUCCAUCUCUGUAGUUGAAGGAACAGUUAAUUGAUAUAGCUCAAGAGGAAUGUGGUUGAAUUUUCUGUGCUGCAUUUCCUUCUUCUAUCCCUGAUUGAUUAUUCUUUUCUAGUAAUUCAUUAAAUUUGUAAAGCUCUAUGUGCUUUUGAUCUGUAAAGAGAACCCUUCACAAGGCACUAAUUCUCUGUCUCUUGUGUUUCUUCGUGGCUUUGUUUAAUUUGGACAGGAGUAGUAACCGUCAUACAAAUGAGAAUUUUCUUUAUUCUGUUAACAA